AUGGCCUCGAAUGAACUGGAGUCGUUGUUUUUGUUUGCCUCAAAGUAUCCUCGGAUGUAUGAAAAUAUUUACGAGCGUUACCAGGAACUUCUUGAAGGCGGUCACGAUCCAAACGAAGAAUGGGGCGACGGUCGUGGUCCAAUCCGCUCGUCGCCAUUGUUCAGCGCAAUCAUGGACGAGAACGUCCAAUUGACGACCCUGUUGUUGAAAUUUGGCGCAGAUGCAACUCAGCAUAAUGGAAGAGGCCGGACGGCGCUCCACGAAGCCAUCCCCUGUGCUCAUAAGCCCAUUAUCGAGCUUCUCCUAGCGCGGGGGACGAACCCAGAGACACCGUUGAAGUCCGAGUUUCUCCAUGGUGGUACGGCCCUCCAUCUUGCAGUGAGCGUAGGUCAGGUGGAUAUAGUCCGAAGUCUCCUGAGUCAUGGUUGCAACCCCCAAGUAAGGUGUGAAUCAGGCUGGACACCAGCAGACGUUGCCAUUCUGGAUCAUCACGCCGCAGUACUCGAGGUCUUGCUGAGCAAGAUGAACUUGGAAACUGUAUGCAGCCCAGACAAGGGCGACCAAUGUCUCCUCAGCCCGGAUGAGAAGGCUGAUGGCAAUACAUCUCUCCUUGCAUCCCACCUCCUAGAGCAUGGAGUCAGAGGAUCGGACCGGGAGCAUUAUGCCCAUUAUCGAUCAGGCCUAUCGCGUUCAUUAGAUCUACUGAGCCCCAAUAUGGCCACUUCUGACCUCGCAAAGGCCUUGGUAGAUCACAUGGAAGGCUUUCUGAGGUUGGGAGCAGGUAUCAACGGUCUCAUUACUUGGGCGAGAAACCUAUGCAAAGCGUGCGUCAGAUUUAACACCCGAAAUGGAGAAAUCCUUUUCACUCCAUUUGAUCAUAGUCAUGAUCUUUCCAGCUUAAAAGCAUCGUCUGAAAAUGGCUGUGACCUUUGCCAGUUACUCCUCGAGGCUUUAGACAACCAUUGGUGUCUAUUACAUCAAAUUGACAAACACUGGAUCGAGGAGCUUGGAAUCAAACCCAAAGUACGACUGCUUCUCGAGAAUAAAGAAGUGGUACCAAGAUUUGGAAGCCACCGACUAAUUGUAGUGUGUGGCGAGAAAAUUUCAUUCAUGGAUCUCAACCAUGUUCAAAAACAAAUCAACGAGGCAGUCUCCCGGACUGCCCCCACCGACACCACGACGACUGGGUCAGAGAGAAGCCUGGCCGUUGCAAAGGCGUGGAUGGAAAGAUGUGAAACGGAGCAUGAAACAUGCCGUCGACUCAAACUUGGCAAGCUCCCAACACGGGUGAUAGAAAUUUCCAGUGACUCACACCCUCCCAGAAUACACAUCUCCGUUGGAGAGCAAAUUCCGUACGUGGCGUUAUCGUACUGCUGGGGAGCAGAUCAAAAUAUUCGCCUCCUUUCAACAAAUGUUGAAACCUAUAUGGAGGGAAUCCCCAUUGAUGCGAUACCACGAACCAUCGCAGAUGCCGUCGAGAUUACGAAAGCGCUGGGUUUCAAGUAUCUUUGGGUCGAUUCGCUUUGUAUCUUGCAGGAUUCUGAACAAGACCUGCAACAUGAGUUAUCCUACAUGGGCGAGAUUUACGCCAAUGCAUGCCUCACUAUUGCCCCAAAGAAUUCCUCGAGCUGUAAUGACGGCUGUUUCCGGGAACGGCAGUGGAAAACAAGCGCCAUAGUUCCACUGGACAUCAGAUUACCGCCAGACAAUGAGCAAAGGACUUCCCAGAUCCAUCUACAAGUAGAGAACAAACGCACCUCUUGUGUCAAUAGACUCAUGGUACUGCCGCGACAUCGGAUGGAAAAGAAUGGCAAGAAGUCGAUUCUCAGAACUCGAGGCUGGACUUUACAAGAGGAAAUACUGUCACGCCGGAUGCUUCACUGUUCUGACCGUGAACUGAGCUGGACCUGUUUGGAGGGCAGGUGUACCGAGCGCAUACCUGAACAAGAGGACAUACGAGGUCGACGGAAAUGGAAAUACGCCAUGAGGCGUGUCAUUGUGACAGGGAUCGAUGGCUAUGGUAACCUGAACAAGUUGACACGGGAGGAUGUCCUCAACAACUGGCUGGAGAUUGUGGAGAACUAUCUGAAGCGAGAACUAUCAAAACCUGGGGAUAGGCUUGCUGCAAUUCAGGGUGUCCAAGAGGCAAUCGGGGGAGUCUUGAAUGACUUCCCCGUUGCUGGUAUUUGGAAAGGCCAAUUUCUGGCACCCAGUCUCCUUUGGAAGGUUUCCGAACCAAAAACGAAGUCUGCUCCACUGCUUGGGAUAUCCACGAUAAAGGACCGCACGGUGUUCAGGGACACGUAA